CAGCAGCCUGCCCUCGUUCGCAUGUCCUCCACCAAGGCCACCGGUCUCGUCAAGCCCCCGGUCCGCGUCUUUGGCGUUGCUGGUCGCUACGCUGAGGCCCUGUACUCGGCUGCAUCCAAGAACAACGCGCUGGAGGCCGUCGAGAAGGAUCUCGCCCAGGUCCGCAACCUCGCCAACGCGGACGCCGCCUUCAACGAGUUCCUCAACACCCCGCUGCUCAAGCGAUCGGACAAGAAGAAGCUCGCCAUCGACAUCACCAAGAAGAUCAAGCUGAACGCUCUAUCGCAAAACCUUCUUGGCGCUCUCGCCGAGAACAACCGACUGGACUAUACCCUCCAGGUCGCCGAUGCCUACGACACCAUCAUGCGCGCCCAGCGCGGCAUUGUCUCGUGCAACGUUGCCUCUGCCAACCCGCUCGACCAAUCCUUCCAGAACCAGCUUCAGCAGGCUCUCAAGGGCUUUGUCAAGCCCAACGAGAAGAUUACCUUUAACUUCCGCGUCGAGCCCACCAUCAUCGGCGGCCUCGUUAUCGAGCUUGGCGACAAGUACAUUGACAUGUCCGUGCUCUCGCGUAUUCAAAAGCUCUCCCAAACUCUUCGCGAGGCCCUCUAAAGAAGCGGCUUCUGAAGUGUUUUGAUUCCUGGUUUUUCCAUCAUCUCUUGUCAAUUU